AGGAAGAAGAAACCAUCAACAAGGUAUGCGAAACUUAGUCUGGACUGUCACUUCGAUCUGGUCUCUUCAGUCUGAGGGAUGGGAGUCUUACCAGGGAGAAGAAUUUUAUGUUUACUUUUCGUCAUUAUAGUCCUGUCAGAGGGGCAUUUUCGAUGGGUUGAGGCCCAGCACUGUGUGUGGUAUGGUGAGUGUGGGGAGUCCGAAAAGGUGCCUGGAAAAAAGUACAACUGCAAAUACACUGGUCUUCCAGUCCCGCUAGACUCUAAGGGUUAUGACCUUCUCACGGAGCUUUGUCCUGGAUAUGACUAUGGAAAACGAAGCCUCUGCUGUGAUGUUGAACAGUUGCACACUCUCAAAGGGAGUCUCCAGCUGCCCCUUCAGUUCCUGUCUCGGUGUCCCGCCUGUUUCUUCAAUCUGAUGAACCUCUUCUGUGAGCUGACAUGCAGCCCCCACCAGAGUCAGUUUAUGAAUGCCACCAAGUUCAACCAGUCCAAUGUAAUAGAAGUGCAGUACUAUAUUGGACAGACAUUUGCUAAUGCCAUGUACAAUGCGUGUAAGGAUGUCGAGGCACCAUCCAGUAAUGUGAAGGCCUUAUCUCUGCUGUGUGGGAAGGAUGCAAAGGACUGCAAUGCUACUAACUGGAUCCAGUAUAUGUUCGAUAUUAACAAUGGACAGACUCCCUUUCCUAUCAUCCCGAUAUUCUCAGAUGUUCCCGUGUCUGGUUAUACUCCCAUGAACAACAAGACGUAUGCCUGUACAGAGGGCCUGGAGGAUGGUUCGGGUCCCUGCUCAUGUCAGGACUGCACAAAGGCCUGUGGCCCAAAACCUGUACCUCCCCCUCUCCCCCCUCCCUGGACAAUCCUUGGUCUCGAUGCCAUGACUGUCAUCAUGUGGAUCUCUUACAUGGCCUUCCUGCUUAUCUUUAUUGGAGCUGUACUGGGAGCUUGGUGUUACAGGAAAAGGACCAUUAUGUCUGAGUAUGGCCCCAUAUUGGACAGCAAUAACCCACUGUCUCUCAACAGUGAUAAUCCUGACCAAGUAAAUGCAUCAUGCUGUGAAACAUUGGGGGAACGCUUCGAGAAUGCUCUGCGGAUCCUCUUUAGCUCCUGGGGUUCCUUCUGUGUGCGGCAUCCCUCUGUGGUCAUAUUGGGCAGCCUGAUACUGGUGGUCGCCUCCUCUGGGGGCCUGGUCUAUAUGCGCAUCACCACAGACCCUGUUGAGCUGUGGUCAUCUCCCACUAGCCAGGCUCGUCAAGAGAAGGACUACUUUGACAGCCACUUCGGACCCUUCUUUAGAACUGUGCAGCUCAUUAUAACAACUCCACUCAAUGACACUUUCAUCUACUCUCCAUACUUUGGAGGAUCAGAUGUCCCAUUUGGAGCCAUCCUGGACAAAGACAUCCUGCACCAGGUGCUGGAUCUGCAGCUUGACAUUGAAGGCCUUGUAGCCACAUACGAGGGCCAAAAUGUCACGCUGAAGGACGUCUGCUUGGCUCCGCUGGCCCCGUACAAUACCAACUGUACCAUCUUGAGUCUCCUCAACUACUUCCAGAACAGCCACGUUGUGCUCGACCACAGCAUAGGAGACGACUUCUUUGUUUAUGCUGACUAUCACAGCCAUUUCCUCUACUGUGUCAGUGCACCAGCAUCCCUCAAUGACACCACUCUCCUCCAUGACCCCUGUUUAGGCACCUUUGGUGGUCCCAUCUUCCCUUGGCUGGCCCUUGGGGGAUACGAUGAAACCAACUACAACAAUGCCACUGCUCUAGUGAUCACCUUUCCACUCAACAACUACCUGAACGACUCAGUCAGGCUGGGCAAAGCUCUGGCAUGGGAGAAAGAAUUCAUCAAGUUCAUGAAGAACUUCAAAAACCCCAACCUGACCAUAGCCUUUAAUGCAGAGAGGAGUAUUGAAGAUGAAUUAGACAGAGAGAGCAACAGUGACAUCAGCACCAUAGUAAUCAGCUACGCCAUAAUGUUCAUCUACAUCUCCCUGGCGCUGGGGCACAUCCACAGCUUCAGUAGAGUGAUGGUGGACUCUAAGAUUUCUCUGGGUAUAGCGGGUAUCCUGAUUGUGCUCAGCUCUGUGGCCUCCUCACUGGGGAUCUUCAGCUAUUUCGGCAUCCCCCUCACCCUAAUUGUGAUUGAGGUCAUUCCUUUCCUGGUGCUGGCUGUUGGAGUAGACAACAUCUUUAUUAUAGUACAGACAUAUCAGAGGGAUGAGCGGAUGCCCCAGGAGGAACUUCACCAGCAGAUUGGUCGUGUUCUUGGAGACGUAGCCCCUAGCAUGUUCCUUUCCUCUUUCUCCGAGACAGUGGCCUUUUUCCUGGGAGCCCUGUCCAACAUGCCUGCAGUGAGGACUUUUUCUAUGUUUGCUGGCUUGGCUGUUUUUAUUGAUUUCCUGUUGCAGAUCAGUUGCUUUGUCAGCUUGCUCGGCAUGGACGCCAGACGUCAGGAGGGGAAUCGACUCGACAUAAUUUGCUGUGUGAAGCUGCCAGAAGGUCAGGAAGCCAAGACGGACAGCUUCCUCUUCUGUUUUUUUAAGAAAGUCUAUGCCCCAUUCAUCCUCAAAGAGUGGGUGCGACCGAUCAUAGUGGCAGUGUUUGUGGGAAUGCUCUCCUUCAGUAUUGCUGUGGUGAAUAAAGUAGAGAUUGGACUGGACCAGAAACUCUCCAUGCCUGAUGACUCGUAUGUGCUGGACUACUUUAAGAACAUGAGCAAGUAUCUCCACACUGGAGCUCCAGUGUACUUUGUGGUAGAGGACGGUCUCAACUACAGCAGUCCAGAGGGCCAGAAUGUUGUGUGUGGAGGAGUGGGCUGCAACAACAACUCUCUAGUCCAGCAGGUCUACACCGCCUCACUCAUCAGCAACUACACAACCAUUGCCUUCACACCGUCCUCUUGGCUUGAUGACUACUUUGACUGGGUGAAGCCUCAGUCCACCUGCUGUCGAUACUACAACACCACUGGGGCCUUCUGCAAUGCCUCGGUGGUAAAUCCCUCCUGUGUACACUGUCGGCCCAUGACUCCCAGUGGAAAGCAGAGGCCAGUAGGAGACGACUUCAUGCGGUUUCUACCCAUGUUUCUGUCAGACAAUCCCAAUGUCAAGUGUGGAAAGGGCGGCCAUGCAGCCUACGCCACAGCAGUUGACCUGUAUCCCAGCAACACAGGAGUCGGAGCCACUUACUUCAUGACUUACCACACCAUCCUGAAAGAAUCCCCAGACUUCAUAGAAGCUUUAAAAAUGGCCCGAAUCCUGGCUGACAAUAUCACUCAGUCCAUGGACCACAAAGUCUUUGCCUACAGCGUCUUCUAUGUGUUUUACGAGCAGUACCUCACCAUUGCGUAUGACACAGCUCUGAACUUAGGUGUGUCGUUGGCAUCCAUAUUUGUGGUGACGACAGUGUUGUUGGGCUUCGAGCUGUGGUCAGCUGUGGUCGUCAGCAUUACCAUCGCCAUGAUCCUGGUCAACAUGUUCGGCGUCAUGUGGCUGUGGAACAUCAGCCUCAAUGCAGUAUCCCUUGUGAACCUGGUCAUGUGCUGUGGUAUCUCAGUGGAGUUCUGCAGUCAUAUUGUGCGAGCCUUUUCCAUCAGUGUGAAGAAGAACAGAGUGGAGCGGGCUGAGGAGGCCCUGGCUCACAUGGGCAGCUCUGUAUUCAGUGGGAUCACAUUAACAAAGUUUGGAGGUAUCCUAAUCCUGGCGCUUUCCAAGUCGCAGAUCUUCCAAGUCUUUUACUUCAGGAUGUACUUGGCCAUAGUGUUGCUGGGGGCAACACACGGCCUCAUCUUCCUCCCUGUACUGCUCAGUUAUAUUGGUCCUUCAGUGAACAAAGCAAAGGUGUUUGCUGCUAACAAGCGCCAUGCAGGUACAGAAAGGGAGCACCUCCUCAACUACUAGCAGGCCGUUUGGGACAAUGAACAAUGAACAAUGAACUAACUAUUUGUCUGGGAGGGACUGUGUGGGUGCAAGCCGUUUCUAUGAUUACUGACACAAUAAUCAUCGUUGCCAAUACUAAGUACGGAUUUAACUCAGGAAUAUACUUGGAAAUGGGAGUGCCGGAGGCCUUGUCCAACUGCAUACUUAAUGAGUUUCCUCAGAAGACUUUGGACCCCCACCAUUCCUCACCUUCUCCACCUUACACUACAGGACAAGCCUGACUUCAUUAUUUGAAGCAUGAGCGACAUACCAAUGAAGAGAAAACAGUGUGGAAGUAGGAGAGACACCACUCCCAACAUCAGUUGACAGACAAACUCAGUUCCAUUCAGUUCCAUAUGCUAUGAGCAAUUUUGAUUUGGCAAAACUCAAAAGGGUAAACACAUUUUUUAAAUAUAUACCAGAAAAAUGCAAUGUACAAUGUGGAAAAGGACUUUUUUGGGGGGGCAAAUGUUUACUAAUGGGAGGUUUGUAGAACAAUUUGAUAUUAUGAAUCAUUUAUUGACUGGCACACUGCACAAACUGGAGCUAACAUAAUAAUGAUGUCAUAGGCCCUCAUAAUACCUGGCAUCAACAUGUAUCAUAUCUGGGGCUGUGUCUAUACUGUGUUAUAUAGCAGGCCAGCUAGUUGUAGCAUUUUAACCUAGCAAUAAUGUGUGUCUUGUGCAGCUUGUAAGUAUUAGGACAGUAAUGUUUUGACUCCAGCACACUGGAUUUGAAAUGAACUUUGAGGUUAAAGUGCUGACUAUAAGAGCAGCGAGCAGUGUAGGAAUUGUAGCCUCUUUUAGUUUGGGAGUAUACAUAAAAAAAGGCUACAAUUGCAUAUGGAUGUGGAUAUAAACACCCCCAAAGCUGAAACCUCACAAGCAUGGUUUCAUUUAAAAGUCAGUACUGGAAUACAGCACCAAAACAAAACAGUCCAAAUACUUGUGCGCACUGCACCUUAGUGUGUGUUGCUCUCCAAACCGCAUCCUGCCUUGUCUUUUAUUUCCACAUUGGAAGCUAUUUACAUGAUCCGGUGCAACAUUUCAUUUUAGAGCUAAUUUAAUGUAUCUUAAGUGUUUGCAUGCCUAGAUUGUUAGUCCAUCUUAGGUGCUUUUACAAAUGGUCAUAGCAACAAAAAAACAAAACAAAACUGUGUGACAUCAGUCAAGAUACAUGUUGAUGCCAGGUGUAAAGGGUGCUAUAAUGCUAAUAAUGGUUUUACACUGAAGUGUUAAUGAGACACUGCAGAUACUGAACAAAACAUUUGUUGCAUUAAGAGGUGAAGAGAUGAAGAUUUACAUUUAACUGUAAAUAGCUUACACAGGGCUAAUUUAAAUUUAUUCCUUUGUCAUCUAGAGUAUGUUGAUACAGAAUACUGUAGAAUGACUGGAUAAUUGUACAGUCCUGAGUUGUUUUUUCCCCAUUCCUACACAUUUAAGCUAUUUUUAUAUUUUUAAUUUUAACUAUUAACAUUUUGUUAAUAUGCUUUGCUUUCUUAAAACCCCCUUCCAGUGUCCUUGUAAGCCCUCUAAAGGAAUCAUUUUGUUUUAAAGAAAAAAUAACUUUGUGUAGCCAGUUAGAAAAUAACUUUACAUCCCAGGAGCGUGUUCACACACAUCACCUUCACCUCAACUAGUCGAGAUGAUCACUCAUCAAGGUGAUGUGCUCCCACUAGUUUAAUUUGAAUAUGGUUGUUACAUCACUGGAAGAGGAUGUUAGCAUUUUACCCAAGGUGAAUAAAAGGUGUAUAAAACCUGCUGGGACCUUUUUAAAGAAACAGUACCAUUCCUUGUUUUUGAUGUUUUGGCGCUGUUUUUUUCCACAAUGCAGUAAUGUUUAUUGGAAUGUUUGAAGUCAAUGAAAAGUUUAAACCUGGAUGUGAAAAAAAUGUUUAUAAGCAACCAACUGAAAAAGUUGUAACAUGAAUAACAAAGAAUUGUGCUUGUUAACCAUUCUGUGCAUUGACAUGAUCAAAUAAUCUCUGACAUUGAAGAAUAUGACUGUGGAAAGAGACUAAACUAAGCAUUGGGAUAAUUUAGUUUUUAACGUUUUUUAACACAUUAAAUAGUUCUCAGAAAAGUA